AAAGGUGGCGCUCUCGCGCAGUCUGGCGUCGUUGGCCGACGAGUGCGCGUGUAGGUCGUUGCUUGCCUACGAUUCGAUUCCGUCUCGUUGUACUUGCGGCUGUUUUAACCGCGAUACCAUCGAUCUUCACCGUUCGCAAGGAUCGUUCUAUCAGUGUCGUAACACAGUUUACUAUAUGAUUAACGGCAGGAAGCAAGAGAACUAGUUACGCCGGUCGAUGAGCUCCUGCAACUUGUGCCGUGGAGAUCCUCGCAUACAGCGGUCGUCGGCCGAUGCGAGGGUAAUAAGAUGAGAGGGAAACUUUUCCAUGCGAUUUCUGCUCGAGCGUGAUUCAUAUGGAUGGAGCGAGACGAAAGAGUUAAGGGAACAAGAAAAUCGUCGUUCCUCUGGUCUAUGGGUUGGGCCCAUCGUCGGAUAGCGUACGUCGACCAGGAUUGAUCUUUCACGUGGCGAAAUAGCGGUAGCGAUCAUCCGGCAGCGAUGCACGGGAGCCGGUUCUCGUAAAACCGAAACUGUGUUCGGCGAAUUGCAGACGACUCGGGACUGGUCGGUAAUCGCUGUCGGCACCGAGGAUGGUGAGGAGCAGCGGCACUGCAAACGCAUACCGGCGAUGCACCAAUUGCACCGACGUCGUUUAUCGCGAUGCCGUUGUCACAGUCUGUAGUACGACCCCUCGCGAAUUACGAUCGAUCGGAAUCGGGUACGGUAGGAACGGCAACGGCACUGGUACCUCUGGCAACACCAGCUACGCUACCAAUUUCGAUCAGGGAGAGGGCACGGCCGAUUAGAGUCGCCUCUUUCUAUAUAACUGCCGAGCAGCACGUGAUUCAUAAAUCGAGAGGACGAGAGCAACGCGCGGGAUGGAUUCGUGCGGGGUCUACUUGUCCCAGCUACGGGCGAUGCUCGUGAGGAAUCUCCUCUUGAAGAAGCGAGAGAAGCGGAAGACUACGGCGGAGAUCUUCCUGCCACUUUGCACCCUAGGCGUCUUGAUCGUGGUCAAGGUCUUGCCACCAAAUCCGAAUUAUCCCGCAAUGACAACGCAGAGGCAGGAAGGUGGUAUAUUCGAGGCGUUCAACAGUUCAAAGAAUCACACUGUAGCCGUUGUUCCUAACUCGACGGAAACUUUGAACUUUUUGAACUCUAUGAACGCCCUGUGGUUGUCGAUGUGGGAUUAUCCCGGCAAGCUGCCCUUGAAUUUUAUGGUGUUCGAUACGAAGGACGAUCUGCAAGCGGCGUAUUGGCGGGACCCGUAUAGCGUACCCAUAGCAGUGAUCUUCGAAGACUCCGAACCUAUAUCACAACGUCUCCUCUACGAGAUAAGAACUAAUCCUUCGUACACGAAUCCACCUUCGCCGACCGAAUUGUAUUCCGCUCCAGUUACUUGUAGAAAGGAUACCAGUCACUGGAUGGGUGGCGUAUUGUCGAUAGAGACCGGUGGAUCGUGCCCCGUAAACAAUUACUUACACUCCGGUUUCCUUGCGUUACAAUUGAUAAUGGACAUUACAAAGAUAAGACUGGAUACAGGAAACGCUGACGUAACCGUACCGGAUGUUAAACUCGAGAUGUUUCCAAAGGAAGCUUUUACUGCAGACUGGAUGCUGGCCUUUAGAGUUGUUAUACCUCUCUUUAUGGUUCUGGCUCUUUCGCAAUUCGUCACUUAUCUCCUGAUCCUGAUUGUCGGUGAGAAGGAGAAAAAGAUCAAGGAAGGAAUGAAGAUAAUGGGCCUAAAAGAUUCUAUCUUUUGGUUGUCUUGGUUCAUUAUCUACAGCGUCUUUGUCUUGUUGCUAUCCGCUGUUGCGGUGAUAUUACUUUUUACACUUCAGAUGUUUCAGCACACACACUUUCUACCGAUAUUCCUUUUAGUAGUGCUCUACAGUUUUUCCAUAAUCAUGUUUGCUUUCAUGAUAACGCCGUUCUUCGACAAGUCACGGACCGCUGGUGUACUAGGCAACUUUGCCGUGACGAUAUUAAGCUUGAUGUACUUUAUCCAAGUUUUUGUGAAAGACUCUAGUUCAAUCUCGUUCUGGGUAGUCUCUCUACUCAGUCCAACUGGCGUUGCUUUGGCAAUGGAUAAGGCACUUGUACUGGAUUUACAAGGAGAGGGGGUUAACUUCGACAAUCUUUGGUCAGGCCCUGGUAUACCGUUUGGAGGGAGUCUCAUCAUGAUGACUUUAGAUAUAUUUCUGUAUGCCUGUUUAGCCUACUAUUUCGACUCCGUCAUACCGAGCGAGUAUGGAAUAAAACGAUCUCCCUGGUUUUGCUUUACGCCUCGAUUUUGGUGUCAGAGAAAAGCUCCACGGUCGUAUUUACAGGUACCGUCGUCGAAUGGCGAGUCGAACUCUUUUAUACCUGGCGAGGAAACCAAUCGCGACAUCGAGCCAGUGGUGCGAGAAAUGAAAGGACGCGAAGCUAUUAGGAUAGUCGGCCUUUAUAAAUCGUAUCACAAAUGUCGCAAGCCAGAAAUCAAAGCUGUAGAUGGAAUCAACCUAACCAUCUACGAGGGACAAAUUACGGCCAUACUCGGGCACAACGGUGCUGGCAAAACGAGUCUCUUCAACAUACUGACUGGUCUCACUGCACCUACCGCGGGCACUGCCUUGAUUUUCGGUUACGACGUCAGGGAUUCCAACGACAUGCAAAUGAUCAGAAGUAUGACUGGCGUUUGUCCGCAACACGAUAUCCUCUUUGAUCUACUGACACCACGAGAGCAUCUUGAAUUCUUCGCCGCUGUACGAGGUAUUCCAAAGGGAAUGAUUGAGCACGAGGUGCAGAAGACAUUGAAAGACAUUGACUUGAACGAGCAAGCGGAUACUUUCGCGAAACAUUUAAGCGGUGGCCAGAAAAGGAAAUUAUCCGUGGGUAUUGCCAUUAUAGGUGAUCCGAAGAUCAUUAUCCUGGACGAACCGACUGCUGGCGUAGAUCCUUACUCCAGGAGACAGAUGUGGUCCUUUUUGCAAUCCAGGCGCCAUGGAAAAGUAAUUUUAUUAACAACACAUUUUAUGGACGAGGCAGACAUAUUAGCAGACAGGAAAGCGGUUAUCAGUAAAGGAAAGUUAAGAUGCUGCGGUAGUUCUUUGUUCUUGAAGAAUAAAUUCGGCAUUGGAUAUCACUUAACAUUGGUACUUGAGGGAAACGCGAGGGAGCAUGCCAUUUCCAGAUUAGUAAGUUCUCAUGUAACAAAGUCGGAGAAAGCGAGACGUCACGGGCGCGAGCUGAGUUUCAUUUUGCCGCACAACUCCGUGGAAAAUUUUGCACCACUUUUCUCAGCCAUAGAACACGAGAUUAGGACUCGAUCGAGUCGGCUGGGGAUUAGCAGUUACGGGGUUUCUAUGACUACAUUGGAAGAAGUGUUUCUACAUCUAGAGAAAGACGAGGGCACCGAGUGCACGAUGGAUAAUUUAUCCAAAAAAAUGGUGCGUAACCGUGCACUAAGCAGGUCAUUGUCGUUGCAAUCCAAAAGCACUUCUUAUCAAAGUUUGCAGAACGAAGGUGUCACUGUUCAAAACGAUGGUCAGGCGAAAGGCGCAGGAGAUUUACCAGAAGGCAUUCAAAAUGAUAGAAACCCUCCUAUUCUCGGCCUCGGAUUAGACCCCAUAAAGAUCCGGCCUAAUUUCCUACAAAUUCUAUACGCUUUGCUCCGCGUAAGGAUACUCAGGCUCUUUAGGAACAUCCAGUUACUGUACUUCACUAUCGUUGCGCCUCUUCUUCUGGUAGUCCUUGGCCUCUAUUUGAAUAGCAUUCAAAUGGUUGAAAUCAAAAUGCAAUCUCUCAGAUUGAACACUGGCACAUACGGCAACGAGACUAAAAUUUUGUACGCGAACAGUACCGAUCACGAUAUCACGGACUUAAUCGAGGGACUCCAUCACGACGUGAAGUACAUUGACGAAUACUACGGAAGUUUCGCAAAUUUAUUGAAAAUAGCACCGCAUAUGGCCGCUUUCAAUAUUAGCGAGUACAAUGAACAGAGGAUCAACUUAACCGUCGCUUAUAACGAUACCAUGCAACAUUCCCUACCAAUUCUGAUCAAUCUUUUAUCCAACACCUAUCACAGGUUGACCUCGGACAAAAGUUUUUCGAAACCGAUCGAAGUUAAGACACAUCCCUUUCAGCAAACUUCCCAACCGCAGGAGUUCAAUAUUGGUACAGGUAGCUCUACUGUGUUUAUCGGAAUGCAUUUCGUACUGUUGCCAAUAACUCUAGUUGUAGACAUGGUCUACGAUCGAGAAAUAAAAGCGAAGAAUCAACUUCGCGUGAACGGUCUGUCAUUUUCUAUGUACUUCCUGACGUACUUCAUUGUACUCGUCGGCCUGAUAAUGUUCAUUUGCUUGUGCAUUCUCGGCAUUAUAUUUCUCUUCGAUGUGCCUUCGCUUCAAGAAAUACCAGCACUUAUCACUCUUGGCGGUCUUCUGAUGCUUUACUGUCCGUCGUCCAUUCUCUUUUCGACAUGUUUGAGUUAUAUCUUUGACAAGAUGGACUCCGCUCUGAGUAUCUUGCCCAAUAUCGCAACUUUCUUCGGACUUUUCCCUUUUAUACUAGUCACAACUCUUGAUAUGCUAGGUCUCAGUGGAACAGCAGCAUUUAUUUUACAUGUAAUCUUUUCUUUGUUGAAUACAUUGUACGUGCCAUAUGCUGCGGUGUAUUAUGUAGAACGAGUCCACCUGAUGUGCUCCAUUAAUGCCGCUUGUCAUCAUCUGACUAUGUCCGAUUAUCUUACCACAGAAAUUAUUUUAAUGGCCUUUGGCGUGCUACUGCAUUGUCCGGUGUGGUUCUUUAUACUUUUGCUGUUGGACAUUAAAAAGAGUGGCGGCAACGUCGGCGAUAUCUUCAAGCACUUCCUGCGUAACGGCGGUUCUAUCGGCGAGGAAAUAAUGGAGAAUUCGGAUAUCGGAGAGCACGAGGACGCAGACGUUAAAGCCGAGAGGCAAAAAGUUUUCAAUCUCAUUACGUCAUCAUCCGUUCAAGAACCACCUGUAGUUCUAGUACAGAACUUGAGAAAAGAAUAUCGACAAAGAGAGUCAGGAUCGUGUAGUUGUUGUCUCAAACAAGAGGAAGAAGCUAAUCAGAUACAACGAAAGGUCGCCGUAAGAAAUCUGUCGUUAGCCGUUGAACCAGGAGAAGUAUUCGGUUUAUUAGGUCAUAACGGCGCUGGUAAAACUACAACAAUGAAGAUCAUCAUAGCAGAAGAAGCGGCCACUCGAGGUAGGGUGCAGAUCGGUGGUCAUAACAUUAAUUCCAAUAUGGCAGAAGCUUUCAGACAGAUGGGAUAUUGCCCUCAACACGAUGCUCAGUGGAAAAACAUUACGGUUAGAGAACAUUUAGAAUGUUACGCUGCGAUACGUGGCGUACCGUGGGGAGACAUCGGCAGAAUCGUGGACUUAUAUCUUACUGGUUUACAAAUUCAUGAGCACGCCGAUAAGCAGACUCAAGAAUGUUCGGGUGGAACUAGGAGGAAGCUUAGUUUUGCCAUGGCGAUGAUCGGAGGUCCAAAAGUUGUUCUAAUGGAUGAACCUAGUACGGGAAUGGAUCCUAGGUCGAAAAGGUUUUUAUGGGAUACAAUUCUCGCCAGUUUUCAGGGUGGUAGAGGAGCAAUUUUAACGACCCAUUCGAUGGAAGAAGCUGAUGCUUUGUGUUCUAGAGUGGGUAUAAUGGUGAAAGGAGAAUUGAGGUGUAUUGGUUCUACCCAACAUCUGAAAAAUCUCUAUGGUGCUGGCUACACCCUUGAGAUGAAACUCUUAGGCGGCGAUUGUACGCCGACAACACCUUCGGGUGACAGGAUUACGGGUUUGAAAGAAUUUGUUUCCAGUCUCUUUCCAGAUGCAAGUCUGGAAGAAAGCUUCGCUGACAGAUUAGUUUUCGGCGUUCCCCAACACGCAGUCAACUCGCUGGCCGAGUGCUUUAUGCAGUUGGAGAAGGCCAAACUCGAGUUGGAUAUCGAAGAGUACAGCUUCAGCCAAACCACUCUGGAGCAGGUUUUUCUCAAAUUUUCUCACUAUGACGAAACUAACUCGGGAGAAUGAUAACUCGUAAAGAGGAAUGUGUUUGUUCUUAUGUGUUGCAUAGUGAUAUAAUCGUGGAACUGUUCAAGUCGUGCGAAAAGUGUGAUAAAAUGUUCUUCUCUUUGAGAAAAGUGAUUUGUUCUGUAGUGUUCUGACGCGAAUACUAUCCAGAACCGCGAAGACAGGAACGUUCUUUGGAUUCUAAAUAUCGAGAACAUUAUAAUAGUUGCAAACAAGAUUUCACAUUAUCAUUCGAUGCAGACUUUGAAGUUAAGUAUUCCUGUUUUAAUUCUGACGAUCCUGUAAGUGAAAAAUGUCGUAAUACUUACGAUACACAUCGAUCGACCUAAUACAGAAAAAGAAGAAUUAGAUGGUAUACCCUUUUUUUUAUGCUGAUAUUGUUCCGCGCUGUUAUGUUCAUCAGAGAGUUACAGUGACUUCCUGGUGAGUGUAAUAAAUAAACAGACGUGUAAAAUUGA